AUGCCUCAUCCAACUAAUAUAUCGGAAUUAAAAUCUUUUUUAGGCAUGGUUAAUUUCUAUGGGAAAUUUAUAAAAAAUUUAAGUGCUCAUACUACCCCUCUUUAUGACUUAUUAAAAAGGGGUAAACAUUGGAGAUGGACAAUGUCACAUACAAAGUGUUUUAAUAAAAUUAAAAAGCUUUUGUGUAGUGCGGAAGUGUUGACACAUUUUGAUAUGUCGUUGGAGAGCAUAGUAACAUGCGAUGCCAGCUCGCGUGGGCUCGGCGCGGUGCUAGCGCAGCGCGCGCCCGCUGGCGGUGGCGAGCGGGUGGUGGCGUAUGCGUCGCGCGCGCUCACCUCCGCUGAACAACACUAUAGUCAGAUUCAUAAAGAAGCUUUGCGAUAG